CUGCCCCGCCCCUUCCGCCGCGCGGCCCGGGGGAGGCGGGCGCGCAAGAUGGCGGCGGUGCUGAGGACUCUGCUGCGGGCGCCUUCUCUUCAGUUCUCCCCCCCACCCUGUAUUGGGCAAAUAAGGGGCCGCUAUGUGGACUGGAGGAUGCUACGUGAUGUUAAGAGAAGGAAGAUGGCAUUUGAAUAUGCAGAUCAGAGACUGCGGCUGAAUUGCAUUAGGAAGAACACAAUUUUGCCCAAAGAGCUCCAGGAAGUAGCAGACAAAGAGAUUGCCGCCCUGCCCCGGGAUAGCUGCCCUGUGAGGAUCCACAACCGCUGUGUUCUGACCUCCCGUCCACGAGGUGUGGUCCGGCGCUGGAGGCUCAGCCGAAUUGCUUUCCGCCACCUGGCCGACCAUGCCCAGCUCUCCGGGGUGCAGAGAGCAAUGUGGUGAGCUAUGGAGAAGGCUUCUCUUCAAGCAAGGCAAAACCGCAUCCUGCUUGUGCUCCCAAGAGUGCAGCGAAGGCUCUGUAUAGAUCGCAGCCUCCAAAGAAAAGGGGCGGGGUGUGCCAAGUGGAGAAACACUGCUCUGGAGAGGACGUUGUCCGGACCUGUAGAUCUGCUCUUAGUAUCUUAAAGACUGUGAAAAAAAUAAACAGCCCAAGACUUGA